AUGCCAGAGGGAGGCAUAGUCGUUCUCCACAGUGAUCUAAGCUCGCGAUCAGUUCCACGCGAACUUGCGCCGGGCAUCCUCGUUCAUGAUAAAACUGCCGGUCAAGGUGGAUGGGACUCCAAUGGCAAAAUCCCCACCGAUCUGAAACAGGAAAUCGAUAACGCCUUCGCGAACGUCGAUCUAGCGCUCAAAGCAGCCGGCGGAAAGGGUUGGUCCCAAAUAUACAAGGUCACUGUCUACCUGGUCGACGUCAUUCAAAACGAGGGAAUGGACCCGUUGGUCGAUGCCUUUAAAAAGUGGUUGCCCGAUCAUAAACCCGUCAAUACCGUGCUGGGGGUGAAGGAGCUGGCCUUGAAGGAGAUGAGGAUCGAAAUCGACGUCGUUGCACAGAUUGGAGAGGACAAUGCCACCGUAAGACGGCUGAUAUACAUCUCGUUCAACGAAGAAAGUGGCGGCUGGAAAGCGGAGAUGUGUUUGGCACGUCCGCGCCAGCCUAACAAGGCCAAGCUGGGACAAUCUCCGCAGUUCAUUCCGAGCGGGAUCGCUGCUAUGACUGAAGAAGGCAUCCCUGUCGACCGUUCGAUCCAGGACGGCUGGAUUUCCAAAGGAAUCGACAUCCUGCCACCAGAACUCGUGAUCCAGGUGCUACGAACUUGCCUCCCACUACCACUGGACCGACCAGGAAGGAAGCAGUUUCAACUUCUCCGUUGUAUCUGCUCUCUUUGGCGUAAUCUCGCAUUCUCUACGCCCGAUCUAUGGUCAUCACUCUUCGUCGACCUUUCGAACCGCACCCUCCAUCCCAAGGUCGAUAAUUCGCAGAGAGGUGACUACAGCGCCAGGAUGCAAGGAUGGUUCUCCAGAGCAGGCGAUGGCAUUCCAUUGGAACUGACGCUAAGGCUUGCUUCGCGGUCAAUUCGCCCGCUAGAGUUGAAAAGCCUGUCAGAAUGGAUAGGGAAUUAUAGGUCGCGUUGGAAAACGCUGAACUUGUUGUUAUACGACGAGGCAUACACCGCUAUCUUGCGCAAUCCUUGUCAGACGGGCGACUGGUCACGGCUAGACUCGCUGUCCUUCAACGUACCCUCCCAAAGGAGUAUUCAUUUCGACCUCCCCCUCCUGGAUCGCAUGCCAUCCCUUCGCACUCUGAACAUUCAAAAAGGCCUUAACGGCAUGAUACAAGCACCCUCGGCCUGCCCCAACGUUGAGCGAUUGGCACUCACGAUGACGUGCUCGGAUGCCAUGACGGUCGCUACCUCCUUCCCCAACCUCACUCGUCUUCGAAUAUGGUGUCCCACGUCAGACAACGGUGGCGUCGCGUCUAACCAGACGAUGGGGCCUCUGCAUCUUUUGUCCCUCCAAAUUCUGGAACUCGCCGGCAGUAGCAUCGUCAUCGACUUCUUAAACAGGGUUCAUUGCCCGGAUUUACGGGCUUUCACUCUUAUGAUAUCCAGCAAUCACCGCAGUUUUACUGGAGAAGAUUCCUGGCAUAUGGGUAUCGUCCGGUUCAUUAACGGGUCGUCUAAACUAGAGCGGAUGUCUCUGGUGGGACUUGUGCCUCCCGCGAUGGCAGCGGUGCUAGAAGCAAGUACGGAAACCAAAGCCUCCGCGCUCGAGUUGGAUAUUUGGCCGUAUAUCGAUCUCGACAACCCUCCACAAACCCUUUUGCCCAGCAUUUGCAAGCUAACGAUUUGGGGAGUCGGACGCUUUGCCUCUAACGACCUUAAGCAACGACGUAUGGAGUCGUUCCUGAAGUUUCUGGGGAGACGGUGCAAGGACACAGGUUUUGAUGGAGUCCAGCAUGGAGCUGGAGGCAGUGCGAGCCUGCCUUUGGAGGAGGUUGUUGUCGGGAAGGAUAUGCUGGUUGGCGAGCUUCCUGAAGCCGAAAUCGAUACACUUCGUGCGCGAGGAAUGACCAUUGAGGUGCGAAACAAUUGGGCAAUGCGGGUUUGA